UAGUAGGGGUAGGCACGGGGAGUUUAGAGGAAGUUAGAAGACUGGGUCUAGGGAUCACGUGCCUGGUACCUUUGGAUGUUCUUGUACUAGCAGUAAAACAGGAGGAAGUUAUCUGACAAAAUGCCUCCCACACAGCCACCAUCGACGGAAGACCAAGAAAAGCUGCUGGAUGAGGCAAUCCAAGUUGUCAAGUCUCAGUCGUUCCAAAUGAAACGAUGUCUGGACAAAGGCAAGCUUAUGGAUGGUCUGAAACACGCUUCUAACAUGCUGAGUGAAUUGCGGACUUCGCUUCUCUCGCCGAAAAGUUACUACGAGUUGUACAUGGCAAUAUCUGAUGAACUAAGACAUCUUGAGCUCCAUCUUGUGGAUGAAUUCCAGAAGGGACGAAAGGUUUCAGAUUUAUAUGAACUGGUUCAGUAUGCUGGCAACAUUGUCCCAAGACUGUACCUUUUGAUUACUGUUGGUGUAGUGUAUGUCAAAGCAAAAGAGGCCUCAAGAAAAGACAUCCUGAAAGACCUGGUAGAAAUGUGUCGAGGUGUUCAGCAUCCCUUACGAGGCUUAUUCCUUAGAAAYUACUUACUACAGUCAACUAAGAACAUGUUGCCUGAUGUUGGUGAUGAGGAUGAAAGGGAGACCCCAGAAGGCACUGGAACAAUCAAAGACUCCAUAAACUUUGUCCUCUUGAAUUUCUCUGAGAUGAACAAGCUCUGGGUUCGCAUCCAGCAUCAAGGUCACUCUAGGGAGAAGCAGAAGAGAGAACGGGAGAGACAGGAACUGAGAAUCUUGGUUGGAACAAAUCUGGUCAGACUAAGCCAACUUGAAGGAGUUACGGCUGAAAUGUAUAAGAAGCUUGUUCUUCCUGGUAUCAUUGAACAAACUGUUAACUGUAAAGACCCAAUAGCACAGGAAUAUCUAAUGGAAUGCAUUAUUCAGGUAUUCCCAGAUGAGUACCAUCUUCAGACACUAACUGCAUUCCUGUCCAGCUGUGCAGAGCUUCAUCCCCAGGUCAACAUCAAGAACAUCAUUAUCAGCCUGAUUGAUCGUCUAGCAUUGUUUGCCAAUCGUAGUGAUGGUGGUAUCCCAGCUGAGAUUAAACUUUUUGAAGUCAUGUCUGAACAAGUUUCUUCAGUCAUGCAGGUGCGCAGUGACAUGCCAACAGAAGACAAGGUCUCCUUACAAGUGUCGCUGAUUAACCUUGCGCUGAAGUGCUAUCCUGACAGGGUUGAUUAUGUUGAUAAAGUGUUACAGUACACCUCAGAACUGUUUAGUAAAUUAGAAAUUGGAUCCAUUGACAAAAAUAAUCCAGUGUCCAAGGAGUUGACAAAGUUACUUAAGAAUCCUAUUGAUGCUUAUAACAAUGUCCUCAAGCUCCUAGAACUGAAGUAUUUUAUCCCCAUGUUCAACUACUUUGACUUUGCUACCAGAAAAGAAAUGUCAUUAUAUGUUGUAUCUAAUGCUGUUGAAAGUGAAGUUGAAAUACCCACACAAGAACAGAUUGACACACUUCUCACAUUGGUGUCUGUGUUAGUAACAGAUCAGGAUGAUCAACCCAGUGAACCUGACGACCCAGAAGACUUUGCAGAAGAACAGAAUCUAAUGGGCAAGUUUAUCACCCUGAUGAAGGCCAACAGYCCUGACCAACAAUACCUGAUCCUAACUACCGCAAGGAAGCACUUUGGCAGUGGAGGGGAGAAGAGAAUCAAGUACACGCUACCACCUAUUGUGUUCAGUGCUUAUCAGCUAGCAUUCCAGUAUUAUGAUGCUAAAGAUGAGGACGAUAAAUGGGACAAAAAAUGUCAAAAGAUUUUCCAGUUCUGUCAUCAAACGAUAUGUGCAUUGGCUAAAGCCGAGUAUGCUGAGCUGCCCCUCAGACUCUUCCUCCAGGGAGCCAUGGCUGCUGGUCGUGUGGGGUUCUCUAAUUCUGAGACAGUUGCUUAUGAAUUUAUAAGCCAAGCGUUUUCAAUAUACGAAGAUGAAAUCAGUGAUUCCAAAGCCCAGCUGGCAGCCAUUACCCUCAUCAUCUGUACAUUUGAACAAAUGAGCUGUUUUGGGGAAGAGAACCAUGAACCUCUUCGUACACAGUGCGCGUUGGCUGCCUCGAAACUCCUCAAGAAACCAGACCAGUGUCGUGCUGUUGGGGUCUGUUCGCACCUGUUCUGGUCAGGAAAGAGUAAAGAUAUCGAGGAUGGUGAGUGUCGUGAUGGUAAACGUGUCAUGGAAUGUCUAAAGAAAGCAGUUCGUAUCGCCAACCAGUGCAUGGACUCGACUGUCCAAGUACAACUAUUUAUCGAGAUACUCAACAGAUAUCUGUAUUACUACGAAAAGAAUGCUGACGCUGUAACACCAACCAUCCUCAACCAAUUACUGGACAAAAUACGAGAAGACCUACCAGGACUAGAAGAAAACGAAGAAACCGACCAAAUCACUAAACACUUCAAAAAUACCAUCUCUCAUAUAGAAUUAAAGAAGAGGUCCACCGAGGAAUCUAGUCCUUCAUUUGAAGGCGUCAAUAUCUGAACCAACUGAACAUUAUUAUAGGUUAUUAGCGGUCAUCAGUGACUGCCACGCCCUUGUGCAUUGGAGUACUCUAAAUCUCGAUUAUUGGAUGCCUUUUGCGCAUGUUAUAUGUAAUAUUCUUUUCUGAUAAUUAUUAGGAUUAAGUAGCCGCCAAGCUUUUCCAUUUACAUUCAAAUGUCAGGUUGAUAUUUCGAUAAGUUUUGGAUUAAGAAUCGAAUUGGAAGAGGGACAAUAAUUUGGUCCAUAAUGGGCACCGCAUGCAAAUGUCAGAUUGGUAUUUCGAUAAGUUUUGGAGUCGAGGGUCCGAAUGGAAGUAGGACAGAAUUAGUCCAUAAUGGCACCACAACUAACUCAUCUUUUAAAAAUCUAAACACGAAAUAUUUUGAAAAAUCUCAGAAUCUUCACUUAGGUGUUCUUUUUGUGUGCCUUUGGCUCAGAUUUAGGGAUAAAUAUUUGUUUAGGUACCCCACUUAGGUAUGCUCUGAUAAAAAUAGGGCUAAUCAGGUGAUAGUAAUAUUCAUUAUUUUUAAUCAAAACGACUUUUAAUUAAAUCAACUGAAAAAUAAAGAUCAUUGCUAUAUUACGUAUG